CCCUUUUUAUAAAUAUUAUGUUUUAUUUUCAUAAUGAUAAUUGUUUAGUUUUUGAUCCGCACCAAAACAAAAAAUUGUGAUAAAUCAUGUCAUCAUCAUCAAGACGUUUCGAAGAUCUUAAAGAUGAAGUAAUUUCAUUGAAAGAAAAAAUACGAAUUCAUCGUCGUCGUAAUGCAAAUGAACUUACAAUUAAUAAAUUAUUUAUCGAUGGUGAUCGUUUGAUUGAAAUGAUACGAAAUGAAGUAACAAAAUGUCCACCACAAGUACAAUCCGAAAUGAAUGGUCGUUUUUAUGCAUUGAUGAAUGAAUGGAAUGCAUUUAAAAAAACUACAUUAACUAAAAAUCCACGAUCGACUGUGACAAAUAUAUUUGGUCAAGGUUCAAACGUAUCGGAUGGAACACAACGACAAAUUUUAGCACAAGGAAUUGAAUCAUUAGAACAAACAUCACGAUCAUUACAACGAGCCGAAAUGGUUGCAAGAGAAACCGAAGAAAUCGGUACAAAUAUUGUUGAUGAAUUGGGUAAUCAACGUGAAUCAUUAUUACGAACAAGACAAACAUUGGAUACAAAUCGUGAAAAUCUUAAACGAAGUCAUCGAUUAUUACGUACAAUCAAUACAACAUUAAUAACAAACAAAUGCCUUUUAAUAGUUAUUAUUUUAAUGGAAAUUGCAAUACUUUUAUCCAUAAUUACCUAUAGGUUUAUUCUUCCACAUAAAAAAUAAUUUUUGUUUCUUUUUUUGAACAAAUAUUUUUUCUUCUAAUUCCGUCCUUGUUCAAAACAAUAACAACAACAACAAAUUCCAUCGUCGGGGCACAAACUCAGGUUCAGGUUCAUCACUUAAAUAUGAUUGAUUUU